GCAGGGUUAGAAUGCUUCAUUCAAGAACUAAGAGCCCUAUCCAUAGCCAUACUAAAUUACUCUAGGUAUUGCAGCCUCCUUUUCCUACCAUUUUUCAGUGUUUCUCCAAUGGGAAACAGAACAAAGCUUCUGCCCUCUCUCCAUGUUCUGAUCCUUUACUUUCUAUCCUUUCAGACCUAUCUCUCCAUUGAAAUGGAUACCAUAUAUCCAGGCCAAUCACUCUCUGGUAACCAAACUAUCACCUCAGAAAAUGGAUGGUUUGAGCUUGGUUUCUUUAAGCCAGGUAACUCCUCACACUACUAUGUAGGCAUCUGGUACAAGAAACUUCCAGGUCAAACUGUGGUCUGGGUGGCUAACAGAGAUAAACCACUUCUUGAUCCUUCCACUUCAAAACUUCAACUCUCUGAAAAGGGUAACCUUGUCCUCUGUAACCAAUCUGAAAUCCCACUUUGGUCAGCUGAGUCAUCAGCAAACUCCAUAAAUUCCACUGUUGCAGUUCUUGAGGAUAGUGGAAAUCUUGUUUUGAGAAAUAGUUCAAACGCCUCAGUCAUCCAAUGGCAAAGCUUCGAUCACCCUACUGAUACUUGGCUGCCUGGCGCCAAGCUUGGGAUAAAUAAGAUGACCAAAAGAGGGAAUACCUAUAUUUCAUGGAGCAAUUCAAAUGAUCCUGCCACUGGUCCAUUUUCCUUGGAGCUAGACCCCAAUGGAACGAGCACGUAUUUCAUACUGCAGAAUGGGAAAAGGCACUGGACUUGUGGGAUGUGGCUAGAAAGAGUUUCUUCUUUUAGUACUGAUACAGUAACUAGGGAAUAUUCCACUGUAAGCUAUGAGUCAAGUGAGAAAGAAAACUUCUACUCUUACUCAGUGACCAACUCCUUAAUUCCGGUAAGAUACGUGAUGGAUAUAUCCGGGCAGCUGCAGCAACUCGUAUGGCAGGAUGAUUCUAUGAAGUGGCUAUCGAUUUGGGCAAAACCAAAGGAUCAAUGUGAAAUCUAUGCUUUUUGUGGAGCAUAUGGAGCCUGCAAUCAGUUCAGUUCGAGGACUAGAUGCGAAUGCUUGGAUGGUUUUGAACCUAAAAUACCUGGACAAUGGAAUUCAGGUAAUUACUCGUAUGGUUGUAUUAGAAGAACUCCAUUGCAGUGCAACAAAGGCGAGAAAGAUGGUUUCCAAGUGAUUUCUAACAUAAGAAUACCUGCGAAUGAUGUGCCCUUGACAAAUACUAAGAGCUUGGAAGAGUGUAAAUCAGCCUGCUUAAGAGACUGCUCUUGUACUGCAUGCACCUUUCAUGGUAACUGCUCCAUAUGGCGAGAAGCUCUGUUGAACAUCCAAUAUCUCUCAUUUGGUGACUAUCUGGGAAGCGAUCUAUAUCUGCGGCUUCCAAUGACAGAGCUGCCAGCUUUGAAAGGUAAGACGAAGGGAAGAAUUGAGUGGUCCACUAUUAACGCUGCUGCAGCAAUUGUAAUUUCGAUUGCUAUCUUGGGACUCCUUGUUUCAAUCUGCAGAAUGAAAAUUUUCUCUGAUACUAAGCCUAUCCAUGAUGUUCUGAUUCUCUUCAAGUUCGGUGAUUUAAAGAGUGCAACAAAGAAUUUUUCUGAAAAAUUAGGUGAAGGAAGCUUUGGUUCUGUCUUCAAAGGAACACUUCCGAAUUCAGGUGCCAUAGCUGUAAAGAGUCUCAAAUGCCUAGACCAAGAAGACAAGCAGUUCCGCACUGAAUUGAGCACCAUUGGGACAAUCCACCAUGUUAAUCUUGUUCGCCUUCUGGGGUUUUGCGUGAAGGGAAAGAAGAGGUUUCUAGUAUAUGAGUACAUGCCAAAUGGUUCCUUGGACAGUCAUCUGUUUUAUAAGGAUUCAAAGAUCCUAGACUGGAAAACAAGAUAUCAUAUUGCACUGGGAAUAGCUCGAGGCUUAGCCUAUCUCCAUGAUAAGUGCAGAGAAUGCAUCAUACACUGUGAUAUCAAGCCUGAGAACAUUCUGCUUGAUGCUGACUUUAAUCCUAUACUUUCUGACUUCGGCCUAGCAAAGCUGUUAGGCAGGGAUUUCAGUCGUGUGUUGACUACAAUGAAAGGAACCAGAGGAUACCUUGCACCUGAAAUGAUUUCAGGUGAUCCAAUCACUCCAAAAUCUGAUGUUUUCAGCUAUGGGAUGUUGCUUUUGGAGAUUAUAUCAGGAAGGAGAAACUGGGAUGCAAGACUUGACGGGCCAGACGCUUACUUCCCAGCUCGUGCUGCAAACAGCGUAAGCAAUGGAGGAGAUGUACUAAGUUUGUUGGAUUCCAAGUUGCAGGGGAAUGCAAAUGCAAACGAAGUCAUCAGAGCUUGUAGAGUUGCAUGUUGGUGCAUCCAAGAUGAAGAGGAAAGAAGGCCAUCCAUGGGGAAUGUUGUUCAGAUCUUUGAGGGAGUGCAAGAGGUGCAUAUGCCACCAAUUCCACGGUUUAUCCAGACCAUCACAAACUAUACAAAAAAUGCGGAGUAGUCUUUGACAAAUGAGAAGAAAUGUAGUAUUUCAAACUGCUUACUAGGUCCUGUGCACUAGUUUCACGAAUAAUAUGUUGCAGCUUUAUAUAUAGUCGAGUUUCAAUUACCACAAAUCAUCAGAGUAGCUUUAGGCUUUA